CCUGAACAUCAUUGAAAGUGACGAUAAAGACAAGACAGUCAGAGAGAGAUACAAUUUCAUCAACAAAGUCGUCAUGAAAUGCGCCCCAGCAGUUUUCUAUCUAGAAAUACGAGAUCCCUACAAGAAGGACCUGGAGACGGGAGAACCUAUUGUUACUUCUAACGGUUCUGGAUUUGUUAUCAGCGAAGAUGGUUGGGCUUUGACUAACGCACAUGUCGUCCUCAAUAAGCCCCAAUCGACGAUAAGGGCGAUCAUGCGGGAUGGAAGAAGCUUCAAGGUGCAGGUGGAGGAUGCAGACAUGAGCAUUGAUUUAGCUCUGUUGAAGCUCGAGGCUCUGGAGAAGCUACCCAGUUUGCAGCUAGAGACCCCUGGAGAUACGGCCAUCGGCGAAUGGGUUGUUGCUUUGGGAAGUCCGUUGUCUUUGAGCAACUCAGUAACUGUUGGAAUUGUGAGCUGCGUAGAUCGUCCAGCCGAAGAGCUAGGACUGAAGAAUUAUUCAAUGACAUACAUCCAAACGGACGCUUCAAUAACUUUCGGAAAUUCGGGAGGACCCCUCGUCAACUUGGACGGGAAUGUCAUCGGCAUCAAUAAUCUCCGAUUGACAAAAUCAUUUUAUAUAAUAUGA